AUGGAUUAUUUAAAAUCAAUUUCUAGAGUUGUAUUAGGCAAAGAUAUACCCUCCUUUCCUUACAAUAUUGGAGAAAAAAUUGAAUCAUUUGAGGGCCUUUCAAUAUGGUCUUUACAUAAUGGAACUAAAAAGGAUGGCGGAAGUUCUGUAUCUGUUUUCACUUUUGAUUGUAACAAACAGAAAGAAAAGAUACAAUUAGCAAAGAAUGCAUUUAAAAAAUUUCGCACAAUUCGACAUCCAGAUUUAUUGAGAUAUUUAGAUGGUGUUGAGACAGAUACUUUCAUUUAUAUCGUGACAGAAUAUGUUUCGCCUUUAAAAAAUCAGUUAAGAUUUCAUGAAGAUAAUAAUUUGAAAUUAUGGGGAUUAUAUAAAGUUGGAAGUGCGUUGAAAUUUUUGAAUGAUGAUUGUUCAAUAAUUCACGGUAAUGUUCGAAUUUCUUCGAUAUUUACCAACAAAGCCGGGGAAUGGUUGUUAGCAGGAUUUGAACUUAUGAGUUCUAUGAAGGAAGAAAACCCAACGUUUGGUAGUUUAGUUGUUGAAUCGACUAAAUACGCAUCCCCGGAAGUUUUAAAAAGUUCAUGGAAUGUUUUGAAAGACCAAGAGAUUUGGGUGAUUGAUUCUUGGAAUUAUGGAAUUUUGAUAUAUGAAGUUUAUAAUGGUGAAUUCACAUCAGCAAAACAAUUAGAUAAUAUAAAUUUAAUUCCACAGAAUAUGCGUGAUCAAUAUAGUCAGUUGGUUGCUACUAAUCCUAAGCUAAGACUUAGUAUCUCUUCUUUUAUUAAAGAUGGGCUGAAGCCCGUUGGAAUUUUCCAAAAUGAUCUAGUUCAAAUUAAUUUGUUUUUAGAUAAUAUGAAUAUCAAAGAAUCUAGAGAGAAAGAAAUAAAGUUGAACAAUUGCAUUGACAAUUUCCCAGAGAAUAUUUGUAAGUACAAAAUACUACCUGAACUUAUUAAUGCUUUAGAAUAUGGGUCAGGAGGUGCAAGAGUAUUGCCACCUAUAAUAAAGAUAGGAAACACUCUUGAUGAUACAGAAUAUGAACAAUUGAUCAUAACAGCGAUUAUAAAAAUGUUUGCUGUACCUGAUAGAACAAUUCGUUUGAGUCUAUUAGAAAAUUUGGGAUCUUUUAUUGAUAAAUUAAGUAAUAAGGUUAUCAAUGAUCAAAUAUUUCAACACGUGGCAACAGGAUUUACAGAUACUGCACCUAUUAUAAGAGAAAGCACUGUCAAAUCUAUUCUUUUGAUUGUUUCAAAGACAAAGAAGAAAGUGCUUGUGCCUGCCUUUACGAGAACAUUGCGAGACCCGUUCCCGCAUGCUAGAGUCGCGAGUUUGAUGGCUUUGGCUGCAACGUCAGAAUAUUAUGAUGCAACUGAUUGUGCAACCAAGUUAUUACCUUGCGUGUCAUUAGUAUUGGUAGACAAAGAAAGGCCUGUUCGAACACAAGCUUUCAAAACUGCCGAGACAUUUAUAAAGCGAUUAGAGAAAUUGACCGAGUCAAUGCCCGAUACAGCUAUACCUGACCCAAAUUCCACCGAAAAUUCGUCGUCGUUAGCUGUCGCGGGUAGUGUUGCUGGAGCCGCAGCUAGUGUUGCGGAAAGUUGGGCAGGAUGGGCAGUCACAUCUAUAACAAAAAAGAUUGCUGGAUCAGGAAUGGAAGGUGAAAUUACUGCACCUACAAGUGUGACAGUUGAUGCGGCAUCUACACCUACAAAAGAUAAAAUGGGAAGUGAACACUUGUCUCCAAGUUUAAGCACAAAAAAUGCUUUUCUCGUGGACCAAGCUGAUCCCGAUACUUCAAAUGGAUGGGAGAAUGAAGAUCAUUUGGUUACCGUUGAUAAUUUAACCAAGAAUGAUUGGGCAAUGAAAUUAGGAGGAACAAAAUCGCAUCUUACAGAUGGAUGGGAUUUGGAUGAUUCAGAUUGGGGUAAUGGUGAUGGGUGGGAUAAUAAUUGGAAUAGCUCACGGCCAUUAUCGACUGCUUCAAGCAAAUCAACAAGUUCUAUACAUAAAUCUCCAACCACUUCUAAUGUAUUAUCGAAAGAGGAAAAGGCUGUCGAACUUAAUAAAAAGAGAGAGGAGAGAAAACAAAGAAUGGCAGAAUUAAGAGAACAAAAGAAAAAGAGUAAUGGACUCGGUGCUAAAAAAAUAUAA